AUGCGUGUCAUUCUUCAGAAUGCUUCGGGAUUUUAUGUAGGCCUCCUCCUCAUUCUCAGCGCUCUCUUCACCGUAGCCAGGCCCCUUUCCGCUCCAGGGACGUCCGAUAGUCGAAAUCCUGAUCUUUUGGAUUUGAACUCGACAUUCCAAUCACAGUCUAACGUCACAUUGAGCGGCCGAUCCAAUUCGCAUCAGGAAACGAUGAAGGGGAAAGUCACUUUUGGUCCGCUCAACAAUCGUGGUCUCAGCGACAAUGAGAAUACAUGGGCCCAACUAGCAGUUAGAGCCUUGAUAGGAGAGGCGAAAAAUGAACACGACAGCAAACACGACUAUCAUAUCACUCUUGAUUUUCUAAACCAAGCCAAGUAUUCUGGUGAAGUUGGGAUAUACGAAUUCAAUGUAGCUUUGGAAGGCUGGCAUUGGCUCAAGCCGGGAGCGAAGUCUAGACUUGCGGGAAGGGUGCACUGGGGCAGUGGUACACAGUUUUCUGGCGGAGUGGUUCGCGGGAAGAUUUCAGGAUCCUUGAACUACAUCGGUCCUGAUAACGCCAUCUAUUUCGAAGUCAACGAACGUCCGGUGGAGAUGACUUUGCAAUAG